GACGGCUACAAAAGUAAAGGAUUUGCAUGUUUGCAGAAUUUUAUCCACAGUCUUCUUGUCAAACACACCCUAUUUCAUUUGCGUCACAAAAAUAGCCAGUGCUGUGUUGAUGAAGCCCAUUGUUUUAACCUUGGUCCACUUUCACUUAAUUACAGCCAGUGGAAACGGUUGUAUGCAGAAGAUCAUGGACGAAGGGGUCAUCACUGUCAUUGCAAGUAUACAGCCAAUCCUAUUUCUUUGGAUGACCUUGACAUAACCUUGGCAAGUCUUAUUUUGCUGAACUGCUUCAGUCUUACACCAAACGAAUAUACCAUGAUUUCUGACCUCAGAGAAUUCAAGAACAACUAUCUCAGCCACAACACUGAUGGCAGCAUAUCUGAAACAGAAUACAACACACUCUGGAAAGAUCUAAAAACGUAUGUUCAGCAACUGGACCCAAGUAAAACAGACGACCUUGUGAUAAUUCAAAACAGACCACUGGAUGAGUCUCUGUGAAAAAUAUGUCACAUGUCUUCUAGAUGUUCAUGUCAUACUUCAGGAGAUUGAUACAAAAGUAGAUGCAACAUCUGCAGAAAUAAGGACAGCUAUGGACAAUAGUAAUGCUGAAGUGACGAAAACUAUUGGCACAAAAACUGCUGAUGUACUGGCUACUAUGGCUAUAAACAGUGCUGUGUUGGUGGCUAAAAUAGAGGAGAUGUCACAGAAUAACAUCUGUCAGAGAUGUAAAAGAAGCAUAACUGAACAAGACAAAGAGGGAGGACCUUCACAGCCAUACACUCUAGGACAGUCCUUAUUCACACUACAUCAUCAGAUAGACCUGCCAUCAGCAGUUGGUGCUCACUUGAGUGGAGGAGUAAUAGAUAUAGUGAUGAUGGAUGAUGGUAGACUGGUGAUGUGUUUAUUAGUGCAUGAGACUACUGAUCUGUAAUACAGAUGGAUCACGGCUAGACGGAAUACCUGUACAGGGUCUACCAUCGUGUGUUACAGCAGUCAACAACUCCACAGUAGCUGUUACACUGGCUUUGC